UCUUGUUUCUUCUCGUUUGUGUUGAAGGUGUGGAUUUUAAAAUCAAAACCGUGGAGCUGAGAGGAAAGAAGAUCAGGUUACAGAUCUGGGACACAGCUGGUCAGGAGAGGUUUAACAGCAUCACGUCGGCGUAUUACCGCGGUGCAAAAGGCAUCGUGCUGGUGUAUGACAUCACGAAGCAGGAAACCUUUGACGACCUGCCUAAAUGGAUGAAGAUGAUUGACAAGUAUGCGUCAGAGGAUGCUGAGCUCCUAUUGGUUGGGAACAAACUGGACUGUGAGUCUGACCGCGCCAUCUCACGACAACAAGCUGAGAGGUUUGCUUCACGGAUAUCAGGGAUGCGAUUCUGUGAGGCCAGUGCCAAGGAUAACUUUAAUGUGGAUGAGAUAUUCCUUAAACUAGUUGAUGACAUUUUGAGUAAGAUGCCUCUUGAAGUCCCCAGCAAAGAGCUGUCCAACAGCAUCCUGUCCCUUCAGCCCGAACCCGAAAUCCCACCGGAGCUGCCUCCGCCUCGCAUGCGCUGCUGUUGAGACUCGCUUCGCGCUUCAUUUAGAAACCCAACGCCGCCUCCUCUCUUAAAACCCGAACACACGCCGUUUCAGACGACCGGGCCAAACGCGGACGAUGAGAUGGGCGGCCUGUCGUCACCAGAGAAGAUGAAAAGCGCUCAAUAUAAUCGUCCCUCACAAACCACAGACUGCGCAAUUUAACACGCUUGGCAUUUCGGUACCUCCAGAUGCCAAUAAAGAACAUCCGCGUCAUCUCUCCCACG